AGGAAUUAAUGGAAAUUCUUCCAAGGAUGAACAGGAUGAUUUGGCUUCUGGAAACGUUGCCGAUGUUGAAGAGACUGUGCCAGAGAGUACAGUAACCACCAGAAACUUAUUAACUGCAAUAAAGCCUCAAUCUGAUUUGGUUGAUAAUGAACCUAGAAUUCCUGUUCGUCUUGCCAGAACCAGACAUGCACCUUUGCUUGAAAAGUCAGUUGCUUCAGUGAAAGAGAUUAUACCCAAAACUUCAGCACUAAGGACUUCCCCAAAAGAAGCUUCUGGAAAAACUGUUUCCUGGGCCAAGGAAAUUGAUAAUGAGAAGGAGGAGGCGGUUCCCGUUGUUACUCAUAUUUCAAGGUAAUCCACCAGAUUGCACAAGAAAUCUAAACUCAAGAAAUCUGAGGGUGUCCAGAAGGUAGAAGCUAAGAAGAGUGAUAUGGAACAAGUAAAUGCUGAGGAGAUGAAAUCCGAGUCUGAAGUAACUGACGUGGUUCUGCAGAAGAAUGAUGAGGAAGAACAAGAUGACGUGGCUUCUGGAAGCGUAAGUAGUGUCAUUGUCUCCAGUGAGUUUUCGGUGCUAGAAGAAUCCAGAGAUUUUGAAGAUAUUACAGUUGAGUCAAGUGUUACUUCUGAAGAACCCUCUACUGCAUUGAUAAUGGGUGAGCUUCCCAAAGAUAGUGCUACUCAUGUUUUCGGAGAAUGUGUGUCAGAAAACCAUUCUGCCUUCACGAUACCUGCAGAGGAAUCCUUUCUAAUAGAAGGGAAUACUGAAACUACAAAGGGUAAGCAUUGAUACCGACGAGCAGCCUAUGGAAAAAAUUGAAGUCACUGAAAUUACAAAGGUCUCCACUGAAUUGUUGAUGGUAGAGAGAUCUGGAGAUUUAAAAGAAAUUACAGUUGAUUCAAAUGUUAAUUGUGUAGAUCCGACUAGUGCUUUGAUCAUAGACGAGCUUUCCAAGGCUAGCCCUACUCACGCUUUAGGCGAGUGCAUUUCAGAAGACUGUUCUUCAUUUACUAUACGUAGCGAGGAAUCCAGUUCUCACAUUACUGAUGUUUCUACUGACUUAGUUGAGGAGAACAUAGAAAUUACAAAGGUCUGUAUUGAAAGUGAAGAUCAACCUUUUGAGAAAAAUGAAGAUAAGGGUGUUUUGGACUUGGAGGUUAAAGUGGAAAAUGAGCUUGCUUAUGUCGUGGUUACUGAUGGUGAAGCGCUAGUUGGUGAUGAAUCUUUUCCAAUAGUGGAGAUUACGGAUAGACUUGAAAACACAGAUGUUGACGACGGUAAGCGCAAAUGUGAGACUGAGUUAUAUGGUGCCAACACUAAUGAAGUUGAAGAAUUAUCUUUGGAUCCUGAUAUGUUGUCUAAGGAAGUGAACAUGGAGGAGCUGAAAUUAGAGUCUGAAGUAACUGAAGUUGUUCUGCAGAAGAAUGAUGGAAUCAAUGGAAAUUCUUCAAAGGAACAACAAGAUGACGUGGCUUCUGGAGACAUAAGUAGUGUUAUGGUCUUCACUGAAUUGUCGAUGCUAGAGAAAUCAGGAGAUUUUGAAGAAAUUACAUGUGAUUCAAAUGUUACUUCUGAAGAUCCCUCUAUUGCUUUGGUGAUGGGUGACCUUUGCAAGGCUAGCAGUACUCAUGCUUUUGGUGGCUGCAUUUCCGAAGACUGUGUUGUUUCUAUGAUGUCUGUCGAGGAAUCUAGCGUAAAUAUUGGUAAUGUUUACAGUGAAUCAUCUCUAAUAGAUAGGGUCAGUGGAGCUAAGACUACUGAAAAUUUGAAUUUAAAUCCCCAACCCGUGGAAUGUGACGAUCAAGUUACGGAAAAUGAAGUCAUUGAAGAGAAGGAUGUGAAUGGCUUGGAAUCAAAGGCUACAGAUAAAGAUGAGCUCACUUAUCUCAUGCCUUCUGAGGUUGAAGUACUAUCUAUUGAUGAAUAUUCUCCAAUAGCAGAGAUUUUGGAAAACCUUCAAGACUCAGAUGCUUACGAAGUGGCUAGUAAACUCAAAUGCGAAACUGAUGUGUAUGCUGUUAACCUUUCUGAACUUGAGGAAUUAUCUCUUGAUGCUGAUCACUUUUAUUUCGAAGCUAUAAAAGACUCAACAAUGAACAACCAGGAAGCUGAAAAUUGUACUUUGGAGAUUUGGCGGGAGGAUGACUGUGACAAGUUUCAAGGUGUUAAUGUAGCAGCUGAUUUUGAUCCCGCGGCUAUUUGUGGUGCUCAGGUUAAUGGGUUGUCUGACGAAGAAACAUCCUAUGAUAAAGAAAAUGAUUCAGAAGGAGAAUUGGUGAUGCUAGACACUGUUGAGGAGAAUGAGAAGGACAGUUCAGGUGACACUGUUGGCGAGAAUGAUGACAGUUGUGAUGUGGAUGAAGUUUCUGAUGUUGCAGCUGAUCAGAUUGUGAAGCAGACUCCUGUUAUUUCUAAAGGUGAAGCACUAUCUAUUGAUGAAUCUUCUCCAACACUUGCUAAUACGGAAAACCUUGAAGACUCAUAUGUUAAAUUGGUUAUUUCAGCUGUUGAGGAGAAUGAGGGCAGUUCUGUUGAUGGAUCUCUUCCAACACUUGCGAAUACGGAAAAUCUUGAAGACUCAUAUGUAAAAUUGGUGAUUUCAGCUGUUGAGGAGAAUGAGAAGGACAAUUCUGGUGACAUUGUUGAGGAGAAUGAGGACAGUUCUGACAUGGAUGAGAUUUCAGAUGUGGUUGCAACGGAUCCGAUUGUGAAGCAGACUCCUGUGCUUUCUGAAGUUGAAGCACCAUCUGUUGAUGGAUCUUCUCCAACACUUGCAGAUACAGAAAACCUCGAAGACUCAUUUGUAAAAUUGGUGAUUUCAGAUUCAGACUAUGUUGUGGAGAAUGAGAAGGACAUUUCAGUUGACAUUGUUGAGGAGAAUGAGAAGGACAUUUCAGGUGACAUUGUUGAGGAGAAUGAGGACUGUUCUGAGAUUUCAGAUGUUGUUGCAACUGAUCUGCUCGUGAAGCAAACUCCUGUGCUUUCUGAAGCUGAAACACUAUCUGUCAACGUAUCUUCUCCAACAGUUCGGAUUACAGAAAUCCUUGAAGACACAGAUGUUUGCGAAGUGGCCAAUAAACUCGAAUGUGAGACUAAGAUAUACGAUGUCAAUGUUUCUGAACUUGAGGAAUUAUCUUUGGAUUCUGAUUGCUUUUAUUUCCAAGCAAUGAAAGACUUGAUGGAGGAAGUAAUGGACGUUAAGGAAGCCAAAAAUUGUACUUUUGAGAUUCAGCAGGACUAUGACAUGUCCCAAUGUGUUAAUGUAGCAGCUGAUAUUGAGACCUCUAAUGGUGAAGAAGCCGAUUUAGAUGUUGCUAAGGAGAGCGAGAAGGAAAAUUCAGGUGACAUAGUUGAGGAUAAUGUGGACGGUUCUGACGUGGUUGAGACUUCAGAUGAUGUUGCAACUGAUCUGAUUGUGAAGCAGAUUCCUGUGCAUCUUGCAACUCCAACAAAAAGAAAUACAUCAGUACACCAGGUUCAGCAGAUCCCUCGAAUGUCGUCUACUAAGAAGAAGGCUGCUACAAGUUCAAGAAGUUUCAAGGUUUUGGAUGACAACAAGGAGAUUGAUGAAAUGAGCAAGUUCAGUAUCAGAAGUACUUCUAAGGUGGCAACUAAAGUAGUACUGGAAGAAAAAGAGAACAAACAUGAAAACACUGUUCAAAGGAAACUGAAAUCCACAAGUUUAGGGCAGUUGAGAAAAAUGGUGAAAGCCAAACAACUUAAUCUCGCUGACACUAACAACACCAUUGUUAAGGAACAGCUGGAUGUGGCGAAAAGGCCCGCUCUGCAACAAGUGAGCAAUAACAGUCUGGUGCAUGAGAAAGAAAACUGAGAUAUCCAUUACCUAGAAAAACUGUUUGGUAGGGUAAAUCUUCUCAAAGUUUUUGUAUAGGUGCCAGGGGAAUGCACAAAAAGAUUGGUGCUCUUAUUUUGGUUCAGGGUUAAAACAUCUUUAUCCUUGUAAGCAUUGUGUUUAUUUUUGGGAGUCCUUGAGCCCCGACUAGUAUGUGGAUUCUACUGCAGUGAUAAAUGUUCUUCACUGAAUUACUGAAUGUAUGAGACAUCUCGUUGUUGAUAAUUUGGCGUCUUUAUCUGCUAA